AACGCAGCUACAUUGCUCCGGUACGCGUCGAAUCCAACUUGGAGAAUGAUCUGAUCUUGUCGGAAGACAGCGAUGACGAGGGCGGCAAGGAGGCCGCCGCCGUCGAGCAGGCCGCCAGCCCCGUGGACCUGCCGCCCAACGUGGACAUCCUGCCCCCGAUGAGCGUCGGGCCGCCCCCGCCCGUCCUGGACCCGAUGUCGCCGUGCGGCAGCCCCAUCCGCAGCCCCGGGCCCGGGCCUAGCAACAGCCCCGGGCCCAACAACAGCUCCUCUUCUGGCUCGGGCUCCGGCUCAGACUCGGGCUCCGACAGCGACUCGUCGAGCGAGGAGUCCAACGAGGAGGCGGAGGCCCCCGAGCAGCCGCCGCCGCUGCCCAACCCGCUGCUGCCGCCGCCCGGGGCCUCGCCGGAGCCGCGCUGGAACCUGGAGUCCUUCUUGUCGCCCGGCAGGAGCGAGGCGGCCAACGAUGCAGCCAGCGACGUCGCCGUCAAGAAGGAAGGCUUGAUGCCGGCUCCCGAGGCGUCCAGCGCCAAGAAGCCGGUCAGCCCCAUGCCGCAUGCCCCGCAUGCAGUGCACCGGCCACUCGCCCCGCCGGCCUCCUCGUCCGGGCGGGCCGGCGUCGCGGUCGGCCGCGGAGGGCGUCGCGGCCUGGGCCUCGGCCUGGGCCUCGGCGUCGAGUCAGAUCACAGCGACCACGGCAGCCUGGAGGUGCACGACGUGGUGCAGGAGGUGCUCGCCAACCCCCACCCCGCCCUUCUCUCUCGCUUCUCCGACUCGGACGACUGCGCCAAGAAGCAGCCCGCCCAGCCACCUGCACCCGCCUCCGCGCCCGCCUCCGCCUCCGCGCCCGCGCUCAAGCCUCGGCCGCGCAGGGCGCGCGUGCAGGAGAAGACCCCCGCGCUGGUGCCUGAGUCGGACAGUGAGUCAGACACACCUGGUCCAGCCAAUCCCAUGAGGCCUCCAGCGCUCUCAAAGUCUCCUCUGGGCGUUAAGGAGACUCGGGACACUUCCGAAGACGACAGGCCGUGCAACCAAGGGCGUGCCUACGAUGCCAAAGCUGCUGACGAUAGGACUAAGAGAAAAGUGGCUGUUGUGAGACCAGAAGUGCGGACGGACCCGUAUAAAGAAACGGAUGAGAGAGUUAGGGCCAAGCAGUUGUCAUCAGAUGACGACAUGAGACGUAAAAACCGUAGUCCUGUGAAAGUGAGACCAAGCAUACCUCGCGUUCCUAAACUGUAUAAACGAUCUGGGAGCUGUUCAGAUAGUGGAUCAGAUGUAGACAUGGGGGAUCGUGGCAGCAGAGGAAGACGAAGUGCGCUAGGUACUAGUGAUAGUGACAGAAGUAGGAUACUCUCUCCCAAAAAGUGGAGCCAUGGGCUCAAGCCACUCAUGUCAGCAGUUUCUGCAAGUGAUAGUGAUGAAGACGUUAAAUCUGGAACAAAAGCCAAGAUAGUACGCCGCAGGAGAAGCAACACCAAGAGGCCCACUCAGGCUAGUGACUCUGAGGAAGAGUCACGUCCUGAGGUUAAAAGGCAUACCCCUAAGCCAAAAUUACGAGCAUCGCCUAUAAGGAGUGCUUCAGAAGAAGAACCCAGAAAGGGAACUGCUCGAAGAAGUCUUGUGCCACCGAGAUCUCAGACCCACUCCAGUCUCUCUGAAGAUGAGGAAUGCUACACCGGGUCCAAUAAAUGGCAAUCCAAACAUAAAGCCCGCGGCAGACCACCUCUAUAUCCAAAACAUCAGAUUGAAGAAGAAAAACAAAAUCCUGUUAGUACUCGCAGGUCCAGUGGACGUCAAAAGACAGACAUUGCUGUAACUAGGGAUUCUGACAGCUCUGAAAUAGACGUGGUAAAUUCAAAAUCACCUAUGAAAGGUGUUGGUCAGUCAAGAAUAGCUAAGACAAGAGGAAGUGGCGACUCAAGUUCAGAUAUGGAACAUGUACAGUCACCUGUUAGACCAUUAUCUGAUAGUGAAAGUGACACUGUAGUAUCAAAACCAAAAAUGGAAGUUAGUCCACCCAAGCUAGACAUAGAGGGCAAUGUUGUCCAGGAUAAGAAGAAAAAUGACACGUUAAGAAAACUGUUUUCAAUUAAACGAGAACCACAAGAAAGCGGUGGCAAAGGUGGCAAGGGCGGAAAGGGUGGAAAAGGAGGCAAGGGCAAAGGUGGGAAGGGGAAGGGAGGCAAGGGCAAACCUGGAGUAUUAGUGGUUGGUUGUGAAGAAGUACGAGCAGAACCUGUCUACUCCCCUACCCCACCCCCACCUGUUGAAGUACCAAAGCAGGAUCCUCAGCUUACAGACAGUGAAAAGAAGAGAAAAAGAAAACGUCAUGGAAAACAUAGUGAUAGUAUCACACCUGAAAAAGCACCUCAGCCAAUUAAAGAAGACCCUCCAGAGGAAGAACUAGUUGCUUCCUUAAAAAGGGAAGCUCCACCAACACCACUCCAAACUAGUUUAAAUCACCCACAACCUAUUCUACCUAUUAUCUGCCGAAUACCUCUUAGUAGAUUACCAUUUAUACCACUACCACCUUCUAAGUCCAGCCACUUCAGAGAUGUUCGGUCACACUAUGAUUCCUCGGAUUUGAGAACAGCUGAGGAAGAAAGUUCUAGCUCAAGACAUCACCAUGGAAGCAAGAAAAGAAGAAGGCACCAUAGCCAUGUUGAAGAUGGUGAUUCAGAGGAAGUGCCAUCUGUACCUGAUGAAACUCAAAACAGCGAUAUUUUGACGGGCCGGACAUCACAAAUGAGCAACAAACGGGAACGGCGAUUAUCUACAAGUUCUAUCUCUUCACAAUCUACAACUGCUAGCAGAGAACAUUCUAAACACAAGGACAGACACCGUGAAAGACACCAUAAGCGCCAGAAGCUAGAGGACCAUACCAUGCGUUCUGCUUACCAGGGUGGAGAGAGCUUCAUAGAUCAACCUCCUACUAACCAUGAACGGGAAGAACAAGUUGGAGGCCCUAGUGGUCACCUAUGGGGCAUGGAUCCAAAUAUGCCACCUUCAGUUCAAAGAGUAUUUUACUCAUACUUUGAAGAAAAACGUAGGCAAAGAUUUCAAGAGCAAUCCCUAAAGGAUGACAACUUUAAUUUGAACGAGGCAGUGCGCUAUAAAAGGCUAGCAGACAAUGAGCGAGACCAAACUGCUCAGGGUGUCCUCUACCUUGAGGCAAUCAUGUUCUUCAUUUUAACAGGAAUGACUAUGCUCACUCACACCACUUCACACAGCCAUACUACAGCCCACACAAUGUUUAAUGACACACUUUCCCUCAUUAAGUUUGUAACUCAAAGAUUCAAGAGUCUAAAAAGCAGUCCAGACAACCUGACAAUCCAUAACUGCUUGUGUGUUCUAAGUAUGCGAUCUCAGUCCCUAUUACAUUUGAAAUUGUAUGAAAUCACUCAAAAUGAGGUGGCAGAGUACGAAAAACCUAUUGCCAACUUUUUUAAUACUGUGAAGACACCUGCUGUUCCUGUCGCACAGGCUGCAACUGAGGGUCAGGCUCAAGGCCAGGGCACCCCUUCAUCUCUGUCACCAACACCUUCACCCUCUGGCUCUGUGGGAUCUGUCAGUUCUAACUCUUCAUCUGGCUACAGCAGUGGUAAUGGCGGUGGCAAUGCCAAUGGAAGUGGGCACGGCAACAGUGGACAGACUAGUGCUACUGGACCAGCCCCUCCCAAUCCUGCAAAUCCUCCUUGUGUUUCAGUUCCCAUGAACAUUUAUUCAAUGCUUUCAAAGCAGCAUAAAUGUUGGAGUAAUCUUAAAUUGUCUCAUGAUCUUUGGGAGAAAGCUGAUGCUCUGGUGACACGGUUUAAUCAUACUGAAUUUUUCAUCUCACUGGAUCGUACAUGUGGGCCACUUACACUGCACAGCUCUCUGACAGAUGUGGUGUGUUAUGUUCGAGAAGGACUUGAAAGGUUAAGAAGCAUCAAUCCAGACAUGAUGCCAAACGCAAUGCUUUAAAACUCUUACCUCGAAAAGUCAGUUUGGACCAAUUUUAGGAAUGCCUGUGAUUUAAGUUGUUCCAGCCUGCAGAUGCUAUUCAAGAUUAGAAGACUGUAACAUACUUUGUGGUUCAAAAAGCAAUGAAGUGAGGUUGACCAAGAUCACCACUCAUCUCUUAAGGCCUUUAAAAUACAAAUAUAAUCAUGAUUUUAUCUUUAUCACAUUUGGUACUGCCAACAAAAGUUAAUUCAGAUGUAUUAAUAACUUAUUUAAAUUGAAAACAUUGCAUUUCCUUCCAGUCUGUAGGCUCAAAAUUUCAUUCCAUUCUGUAAGAGAUAUUUUUAAAGAUGCUUACUUUCAUAUAUCUUUGUCUAUUGCUAGUUUUGAAAAGCAUUUUGUGCUUCUGGCUUUCAAACCAGACAGAUUCUUUUUAAAUUGUAUAUGUAAGCAUGGCAUCUUUCUUUAAUUAAGUUUCGAUCUAUCUAUCUUUUUAAGAACAUGAAACAUUGUCUUUGUUUUGGAUGUAUUGUUAUACCAGAUGUCAAAUAUUCUUGACAUAUUGACUGGACCAAAAUUUGCUUGAAUGAGAAGAAUCUCCUUCACUUCCAAUGAAAUUGAAUCUUGAAUUGAAAUUCCCAGUUAAUUGAGUUUUUCUUUUUUUGGUCUUUUGUUUUUUUGCCGCUGUCUAAUUAUGAUGGCAUUUUAAAAGAAUCAUAGCUUUUUUACUUUUAUUUUCAAAGCUUUCAAAAUGAAGUCUCACAACGAAAUGUUAAGAAAGUGUGUUAUUGGCUGUGGUGAAGGGCUCAGUAGAUAUGAUUGCUCACGGUGCUAGCCAGUUGCAGUCAAAUUUUGUAGGUUCAGCUGUACGGUUUGUGUCCAUAAUGACUUUUUUUAUUGCGGAUUACACAAAAGUUGUUGUUCAUUGAAAAAUAAUUUUAGUUUGCUCAAUAUGAAGUGGCUGAUUUGUGUCACAUGUUUUGAAAAGCAUGCGGGAUUAGCCUCACACAUUGUGCUGCAAUGAUUGCAUCGUGAGUUGCCAAUCUAUAGCAGACUGAUAUUUAUUUGUAGAGUGAAGAUUAAAUUAAAACUUUGAUGGGACUUACAUACAUACAGUUCUUAUAUUGAUAUUUUAUCAGGAAGCUUGACAAUUGCUUUCCAUAUAUCUAGAGCAUAAUAUACAGAUGUUAGAUAUUUUUAAUGGUGUCAAUUUUUUCUGCUUACCAUAGUUUAUCAUAAUUAUUAUGGUCAAACUCAAAAGAGGAAGAGAGUUAAUAGUCAGUUCGACAUGCAAAUACAUAUUAGUAUCUUUAAUUAAUGAUGUAAAAAUGUGCUGUACAUAAUUUUUAUGGGAAACAGGAUAGUAUAAAUUACUGGGUUGUAUAUUUUUGUACAUACACUGACUGUUAAGAAAACUACCUUUCAGUAAGGUCUUACCAUUGUAUAGAAAAUAAAUUGCAUUGCACCAUUUGUUAUGAUACUGAACUACCUAUAUACCUUGAACUCUGCUGUAUAGCUAAGAGGAACUUGUUCAUCUCUUGCAGUGAAUUUUUUUUUUGUUUGUUUUAUAGUUACCAUGAUUGCAGUGGCCAUUCCUGAAUAUUUCAGGAUCUCCUUGAGAUGUCUUGUUGAUGUUAAUUUUUCAGCUUCCUGACGUAUUGAAAGGCUGUGAUAGGGUGGACUUAAGUAAUUACAACAAUAUGGGGAAGUAACAUUAAGGUACAUAAAUGACAUCACUUGCCACCUCACUGUACUCUGCCUUUAUUUAGUAGCUUGAUUUGCUUAGGCGAAAAGUUACUUCUUUGCUCGAUAUUGUUAUUAGAUACCUAAGGUCCAAAAUUUGUUAAUUAUACGUAUUUUAUUUUCUAAAAGCGUGGAAUGUUCAUUGCAAAAUUAUUGUAAUGCCAUAAAACUCUCUCCUCAAUUUUCUUCCAUUUUUUGUUUUAUCUUUCUUGUGAUGUUUUGAAAGAAAAGGAAAUGAUACACUUCUAAUACCAUGAAAGUUGUUUAAAAGUACUAUCUUGGUUAAGCUGCCAAAAAGUUUAUCACAUUAGCACCAUCUUCCGGUAUAUAUCUAAGUACAAAGUGAUUAUUGCAGGUGUUUUUUUGUUAUCUGAAAAAAGCAUAAAGUUUUUUGAGUUCAGGAAGCCAUUCUGUAUUAAAUAAUUUAAUAAAAUUCAAAACAUCACUCAUCUGCACUUGCAUUAAUUCGAUAUCUUUUGAAGUGUGCUUCUUCCUGAGAAUCUCUUUCUCUUUGUUCUCAUCAGGAGUGCUCCCACUAACUUUUCCAACAGCCUUGUCAAAGUACAGUAUUUCCGAAAUAUUUAUUAUUUUGAUUGGGAUUUCGUUAGGGCAAUGUUCACAAACCCAUCAUAUUUUCCUGUAGUGCUGAGAGUGUGGUCCUCACAUGAAAAGUAAGGUCAAGUGUUUUAAAUUGAGCUUUCAAACCAUGGGUGAGUUAUGUAUUCAAACCACUUCAUUUGUAUCUGAAGUUCCAAUUUUGUAUUGCACAGUUGAAUUAAUGCUGUUUUCAAUUUAAUCGUAGGGUCCAAAAUUCGUUACUCAGUUCAGUUUUGUCAUUUCAGUUUUAACAUUAAGUUUCUUCACAAAUCAAGUUUAGUUCCAGUUUUUUUGUUUUGGUAGGGUUUGUGAAUAAAGCCAAAAGAGUGGUCACUGAGUGAACCAAUAUUUUUUACUUUUCUAGAGUAGGCUAAGAGAGAUCUCAUAUCAAUUUGUAUACGAAAUUAACAACGGAUGGCGGAUGGCUCUAUUUUCAGUAUGCAAGGCAGAAUUAUACAUGAAUCCUCAGAGGAAUUGAGUUUGUGUCAAACAUGGCCAAAGGUUGUGUGUUACUAUGUUUUCCUUUCUCUUAAUUUUAGAGUCAGCGUAUCCAAAAGCAAUCUUUGCUCACUCUUCAAUAGGAGAGACAACUGAUGCAUGCGGUUUCUUUGUACACUUUACCAAUGGUGCAUCUAAUGUGAUUUUACUGCAUAUUUAUUUGUUAAAGUUUUAUUUAUUGACUUUUGUUUAGUUUCUUUUCUUUUUUUUACUUUUGUUUCAUUUAUGCUUUACUUCUUAUGUUAUGUGGUUUGUGAUGAGACUGCACGUUCACACAAAUGUUAAGGCCUUGUUUAGUGAAAUCAUAUCCUUGUUUCAUACCUCUGAGUAAGUUUAAAAAUAAAUGAAAUUCAGAGGUGCAAUCUGUGAAAUCAAAACAGUUUGAUGUUGUUGGAGACACUCACCAACAAAUAAAUGUGAUUCUGAAUGUGGCUGUAACAGAGCAUCAAUAUAAAUACUCCAUUUUAAAAAUGUGAUUUUCUCUGACUUCCUGUUAGUCAUUGUAUGUGUGAGACAUGUUGUGAUUGAUCAGUGAUUACAUGGAUCAUCUUAUGUUUCUCCUUGUUUUCCUUCUUUUCUUACUGUAAUUGUUGUUUCUUGUCAUACAUAAGUGUUUCAAAUUUCUCCAGCUGAAAAGUCAUGUUAUUUACAAAAAGUCUGCUUUUCAGGAUAAGGGGGUCAUGGACUUGUCUAGGUGAAACAAGUCAUGAAUACAUUUGACCACCAAAAAACCUCUGCAACAAACUGUUUCUGUUUAAUCAGGUCUCGUUUGAAAUAAGUGAUCAAGUA